GGGAUGGAGAAAUAUUUGGCGUCGAAUACAAGAAGAUAGUGCUGCUUGUCUUCAGUUACUACGAAUGUCUCUUGAUUGUUUUAGAUCAUUAUGUGACAUAAUGGAAACACGUUAUGGAUUACAACCUACAUUGAAUGUUAGCAUUGAAGAGAGUGUUGCCAUGUUUUUACGGAUAUGUGGACACAAUGAAGUUCAAAGAGAUGUUGGGUUACGAUUUGGACGAACGCAAGAAACAGUGAAUCGGAAAUUUUUUGAAGUCCUUAGAGCGACAGAGUUACUUGCUUGUGAUUAUAUCAAGACUCCAACAAGACAAGAACUACGUCGAAUUCCUGAAAAACUACAAAUGGAUCGAAGAUAUUGGCCAUAUUUCAGUGGAUUUGUUGGAGCUAUAGAUGGAGUUCAUGUAUGUAUUAAGGUGAAGCCUGAACUACAAGGAAUGUAUUGGAAUCGACACGAUAGAACAUCGUUUAAUAUCAUGGCAAUAUGCGAUAUAAAUAUGUUGUUUACAUAUGUUUGGAAUGGAGCACCUGGAUCGUGUCACGAUACAGCAGUUCUAACGAUGGCACAAGAUAAUGAUUCUGAAUUUCCUUUGCCUCCAAGAGACAAGUAUUAUGUAGUUGAUUCUGGGUAUCCAAAUAAACAAGGCUUUUUGGCACCUUAUAGGUCUUCGCGGAACGGAGUUGUUAGGUAUCACAUAUCACAAUUCUACAAUGGUCCUCCUCCUAGGAAUAAACAGGAGUUGUUUAAUCGAUGUCAUGCAUCUCUACGUUCUGUUAUUGAGAGGACAUUUGGAGUUUGGAAGAAAAAAUGGAGGAUUCUUUGUGAAUUUCCCAGAUAUGAUAUUGAUGUUCAAAAAAGAGUGGUAACGGCUACAAUGGGACUACAUAAUUUUAUCAGAAUUUCGAAUUAUUUUGAUGAGGAUUUUGUUGAAGUAAUGGGAGAUACAAAUAUCAACAACAUAAAUUCUGAGAAUGAUCUUGAUGACAUGGAGAGAGGUAGUAAACCUGACGGAAAUUAUAUGGCAAAUAUAAGAGAAAAUAUUGCUGAUAUGUUAUGGGCAAAUCAAAAUACUUUCCAUUAA